AUGAGACGCCCUCCGUCUUCUUCGCUUCUCCUGCCACUACUCGCUGCCACGACAUGCAUCCUUCCUGCGGCCCAAGCCCUAGGUGAGGAUCUCACCUUUGGCUCGUGCGAGCUCGCCCUCGCCUACGUCCACUUUGACGACGUCGGAACGAACGCCUCGAAGCUGGCCCAGAGGUGUGAGAGCCGAGAUCGGAUCCUGUCACUCUACCUCUGCCUCAAGGUCCACGGUGCUGAGGGCGUCGGCAUUCCGGGCCUGCGCCAUGAAAAUGAGACCUGCCAGGCUUGGCGCGACACGCCACUGCCGCCCUUCGACAUUGUCGACGCUUACUCCGAUGACGAUAUCGCGCAGCUGAGGCACAUCGGCCUCGACGAGCAGCAGAACGGUGCCCACCUUGACGAGGUCAUCAUGCUGUCUGAGACGCUCUAUCGCGCGGCGUUCGAUACUCUCGAUGCCGUCGAGUAUGUCUACUACAACCACUACAUUUAUGGCAUGGCCAUGAUUUUCUUCUGGAUCGCCGUUGUCGCCUUGGGUGUCCUGAGCCGGCUCAUGUCCGCCAUCGGCGAUGCUCAGCGUUCCGUGAACCUCGGGUGGUGCACCAUCCCGCCGAGGAUACAGAGCCUCACCCUCCUCGCCUUCAUUGGCAUGAACGUAUUUCUCAGCCUUUACGGGUACCGCUUCACGGAAAAUAAUCUCUACUUUGGGAGUUUGGAGAGACAGAUCUGGCGUUACGGUUCGGACCGCACAGGCAUUAUUUCCUUCUUCAACUUCCCCGUCAUCUGGCUCUUUGCGAUGCGCAACAACCUCGUCAUUUGGUUGACGGGGUGGGACUUUGGAUCCUACAACAACUUUCAUCGUUGGGUUGCCCGCGUCGCUACGCUCCAGGCCGUGCUGCAUUCCAUCGGCUACACCAUUCUGAUCAUCAAAGCUCUUCUUCUGGACCGGCGAAAUUGUGAGCACGCCUUGCCCGGCCAGCCCAUCCAAGUUCUCCUGCUCACAUGUCUCCAGGCAACCGUCCUCAUGUGCCUGCUUCUGGGUUUCUCCGUGUACUGGCUGCGACGCAAGCAUUACGAGACCUUUCUCAUCCUGCACAUCGUUCUGUCCAUCUUCGUUCUGCUCACGAUGCUCGGUCAUGUGUCAAUUUUCAAGGGACAGUACGACAUGCUGGCCUGGAUACCUGCCAUGGUCUGGGGCCUCGACCGCAUCAUCCGCAUGUCCCGCACACUCGCCUUCAACCCCCGCUUCUGGAACACCUGGGCAUCGGCUACCUACGACCCCAGCAGCAACAUGAUCCGCCUCGUGGUGCCGCACUCGUCGAGCGUCUACACGCCCCAGCCCGGCACAUACUACUAUCUCCACGUCCUGAGUGACACCAAGUUCUGGGAGAGCCACCCCUUCACCAUGGCCUACUCGACAGGCAGCAGGCGUCGGCCGUCAAAGGAUCUCAGCGAAGACACGCCGCUGAUGGACAACCAGAACGACAUCAGCCUCGCGUCCGAGGCAGACGGCGAGGACCCCGCAAUGACCUUCCUCAUCCGACCCUACGACAGCUUCACCUCGCGCCUCCGGGACGCCGCCGGCGCCCACUGGCCGGCGCCCGCGCCGCUGCGCAUCCUCGUCGAGGGGCCCUACGGCCACACCCAGCCGUUCCACACCUUCGAGAACCUCCUCUUCCUCGUCGGCGGCAGCGGCAUCGUCGUGCCGCUGGCGUACCUCCACGCGCUCGUCGCGAGCCCCCGCACCAAGUCGAUCCGCAUCGUGUGGGCGUCGCGCGAGCGCGGGUUCGCCGAGGAUGUGGUCAAGCACGACCUCGGCCCGCUCGUCGGCUGCGACAAGGUUUCGGUCACGAUCUGCAUCACCCACCGGGAGGACUUUGCCGACGACGCGCUGUCGGCGCUGCCCAAGACCGCGCUCGUGCGGUACGGCAGGCCGGACGUGCCGCGUGAGGUCGAAGACGCUGUGGUCCGCGGCGCGGGCUGGGAGCCUCGCCGUCGUUGCGUGCGGGCCGGCGCGCAUGGCGGAUGA